UUUGCCCUCUGACCUGGUGAUGUUGGCGAUAUCCUGUCUGGUGGCCUUGUAUGCAAGCACCAAGAGAAUCUAAUAAGUGGGACUGGGAAUAGGUCGAGGCAGGGCUUGGAGGUGCGGAGAAACAGAUGACUGGGGAGGAAGUGUGAAUCUUCGUAACACGCAUAGGAAAGAAGACAGGAGGUUUUAAGCAUUCAUUUAGUAAACCGUAUUAUAAGAAUAAUCGAAAAACAAUGAGGAGGAAAUCUAGAAUCUUGCUAUGUUUUGCAUUCCUCUGGCUUUUUGGGAUCGCUUACUACAUUUAUUCCGGUGCCAGUGUUAAUAACCGAAAGGAAAACUGGAAUGAGAUCGAUGUAACAAAAAAAAAAGACCCACAAGUUAAUGGGGAAGACAAAAAUAUAAAUUUGGAGACUUUGCCACCAGGUAAGGUACGGUGGCUGGACUUUGACCAAGAAGCAUAUAUUGAGUCAACAGUAGUUCGACCUGGCCAAGAUCCCUAUGCUCGUAACAAAUUCAAUCAAGUAGAAAGUGACAAGUUGCAUAUGGAUAGAAGUGUUCCAGAUACCAGACAUGAUCAGUGUCGUAGAAAACAGUGGAGAGUUGACUUACCAGCAACCAGUGUCAUCAUAACAUUUCAUAAUGAGGCGAGGUCUGCAUUACUUCGCACAGUUAUCAGUGUGUUAAAAAAAAGCCCUGCCCACCUCAUCAAGGAAAUUAUUUUGGUAGAUGACUACAGUGACAGUGUGGAUGAUGGCGCUCUUCUGGGAAAGAUAGAAAAAGUCCGGGUCCUUAGAAAUGAUCGUCGUGAAGGUCUUAUGCGUUCUCGUGUUAAGGGUGCAGAUGCAGCUCAAUCUAAAGUUCUCACGUUUCUUGACAGUCACUGUGAAUGUAAUGAGCACUGGUUGGAACCCCUCCUAGAAAGAGUUAAUGAGGACAAGACUAGAGUUGUCUCCCCAAUAAUUGAUGUGAUUAACAUGGACAACUUUCAGUAUGUUGGGGCAUCAGCAGAUCUAAAAGGUGGUUUUGACUGGAACUUGGUAUUUAAAUGGGAUUACAUGACCCCUGAACAAAGAAGAACUCGACAAGGAAAUCCAGUAGCUCCAAUUAAAACUCCAAUGAUUGCAGGAGGACUCUUUGUGAUGGAUAAAUCAUACUUUGAAGAGCUUGGGAAAUAUGACAUGAUGAUGGAUGUUUGGGGUGGUGAAAAUUUGGAAAUACUCGCCGGGCUGCUGAAGUUUGGAUGGAUGAAUACAAGAAUUUCUAUUAUGCAGCAGUACCUUCAGCUCGAAAUGUACCUUUUGGAAAUAUUCAAAGUCGUAUAGAAAUGAAAAAAAGGCUGGGCUGCAAACCUUUCAAAUGGUACCUAGAAAAUGUUUAUCCUGAACUGAGGGUUCCUGACCAUCAAGAUAUUGCAUUUGGAGCUUUGCAGCAAGGUACAAAUUGUCUUGACACCUUAGGCCAUUUUUCCGAUGGAGUUGUUGGUGUCUAUGAGUGCCAUAAUGCAGGAGGUAAUCAGGAAUGGGCAUUAACAAAGGAUAAAUCAGUUAAGCAUAUGGAUUUGUGUCUUACUGUGGUGGACAGAGCUCCAAGCUCCCUUAUAAAACUUCAAGUCUGCAGGGAAAAUGACAGUAGACAGAAAUGGGAACAAAUUGAAAACAACGCUAAGCUGAGGCACGUGGGUAGCAACUUUUGUUUAGACAGCAAGAAUUCCAAGAAUGGGGGUCUCACAGUGGAAGCCUGCAGUUCAUCCUUAUCUCAGCAGUGGAAAUUCUCUCUUAAUCUACAGCAGUAGGACAAAUUAAACAAAUGGGGAUCAAUAUUGGUUUAUGGAAACUUGUUCUGAGUAUUUUGCAGAUAUUUGUUCAACAUUCUGCAAUGUUAUCUCAGUAUUCAAUUUUGACAUCAGAAGCAAGAUUAUAUGGAGGUGGGCAAAUAAAUAAUAUAGUGGGUCUUUUACAGAUCUCUGUAAAGUUUGAUUUAAAGUUUUGAAUUUUUUAAUUGUAUAUGGAGCCUCAAUGAGGAACAGAAAUAAUUUAAAAGAAAAAGAAAAAAAACUUUAAUAUGAUGAAGACACAGAAGAGAAGGAAUGGUGCCAGAUUCUAAAGAGAGAGACACUCUCAGACAUUUGUGAGCAUAUGAUUUUCUCCGUUAAAGAUGUGGGGGGGGGGGGUUGUUUUGUUUUUUAAAUAAAUCAGAAAAAAAUGUUUCCACCUGUGCAUUAUGACCCUCUUUCACAAUGACCUUUACUAUAUAAUAUAGUGGCCAUAGUUGCUCCUUUUUUAUGCUUAGCUUUAUUAAAUACUUUUUAAGUAGAAAUAACAUAUUAGUGUUUGGAUUGAUAAUCAAUAUCAAACUAUGAAAUUGAAAGUUAAUUAGUUUUUCUUUCAUCAGAUGAUGGGAGUCCAUGAUGCAUCACCUUUGGGAUUACACUCACUGGACACUACUGACACUAGGGGGAGGCAAAAUACCCCUACAUACCAGAGCUUAAAUCUCUCCCACUCUCCCUGGAUCCCUCAGUCAAGUUCUUGAUGGAGUUAGGUGAAUUCUGAAGUACUGAUCUACAUACACAUAAUUAAAAGUAGUACACUAGCCGAUUUGAAACCCUUUAGCCCCUCAGAGUGCCAGAUUCCCAGUAGAAUGCAUAUUUAUCUGCCAAGUAAAAUGCAUAUUUAUCUACAGUGUGCCCACAGUCCUCCCUGGGGAAAUGCGGUUUUAUCUGCAUCUGGAUUAGAGUGUGCAAGAUCCUUGGCACUAUGCAUGCAGUACCCCGGAUGUCCCCAGUCAAGUGCACAGUAGAAAAUGUUCAUGCCGGCUUUUUGCAUGAACAUGUAAACCUUAUUCACAUUGUCUGGGGACAAAGGAGAGUGCUAUAACUAGUUUCACUAUAAUUGGAGUACUCCUAACACCACACAAACUUUAGCAAUUUUGAGGCACUUUUGCAAAAAAUGGGGUUACUGUCUCUUUAAUUAUAGUGAAACUGGUUUUAGCACUCUCCUUUGUUACUGGGGACUUUAAUGCAACAUUCUUUCCCUACCUGCAUUAACAUACAGGAUUUUGGCAUAAGGUUUUGGUUUUAGCGCUUACCAGUAGUGCAGUUGCACUAAAGGUUAACCUUCCUGUCUUCUUUUCCUGUUUCUGAGAUGCUGUUGCAUUUUGUUUGUGUCAGAAGAAGUUUUCUGUGGGUGUUGUGUGACUCUCGGAUCAUAACAGAGUUUUUCUAAAAGUUGGAGAUAAACUAUUUAACCCUU